UUCUCUUUUCUUUUUAUAUAUCAACCAUUUUUUUACGCUUGUCUAUCUCCUUUCUUUCUUUUUUUUGUAAUAUAAUUGUAAAAUGAACAUUUCAGCCUUAAACACACCUGCAACACCACCUUAUGAAUAUAACCAAACCAUGAGUGACAACACUAGCAACAACAAAAAUUUAUUUUUUGAUCGCCAAGCUUCGCCCAGUAGCACCAAUGAUGAAACAGUUGUCAGCCAUAGUGCUUUUCGCCGUGUUUCCCCUACCACAAUGCCUUCACCACCAGAACUGUUGAUUGACACAUCUGAAGAUGAAGAAGACAGUAUGAUUAUUUCCCCACCUACAUUAUUCAAUACCUCUUCUUUAAGAAAACGUAAAUUAGUGCCACACCGAUCACCCUCCACGAUGGAUCGUAAAAGCAUCGUCUUUCAAUUAGAUGAUGGCUGUACCCCCAAAAUUCUUGGCGGCGGCGGCCAGCCUGGUAUUCUCUGGUCACUUCGUCAACGUGUUUCAAUGGCCAGACAUCAGCGUAGAAAAAAUAGACUUUCGGCACCUCGUCCAGAGAGACGUGCGAGACCUAUGCAGAUUGAGAUACCCCGACCUCAAUGGUUUAGAGAUAAUACUAUUUAUGAUGACCUUGUCUUACCUAGACAUCAUGAUUGGCAAUCCAAGAACUCCAACGUGGUGGAUGUCGAGCCUACUGCGGUGCCUGUUCUUUCUACCAUCAUUGCUGAGCAACCUUGGGACAAGCCAGUGAAUAAAAAACCUCAUACACCUCGCCGCAAGAAUUCACAACAUGCUUCUUCAGGCAGACCUUCUCGUGUUAAAGGACCUUGCCAGGCUUGUCAUGAGACUUCUGAUGGCUGCAUGCGUAAAGCUUUUAAUUGGCCAUUCCCCACUAGCACUAUUUUUAAUGAUAAAGGCAAACCAUUUGUCUAUCUCUGUAACAAAUGUGGAUUAAGAUAUAACAAAAGCGGUGGUUGUGUAUGUCGCCAUUGUCGUUGGGUUCUCUGUAAAGAAGAAAAACGUAAAGCUAUGCAAUUAAUAGACCAAAUGCGCCGUUCUCGCCCUGAUGGCCGGAUUGAUCCUGAUGAAAAUAUUGAAAACUUUGUAUGCACUCCUAAAUAUUGGAAUUGUGGUUGUCCCUGGAAAGUUGGAUGGGUCCUUCAUAGUCAACAUGAUGCAGAAGAUGAAGAAAUGAUGAUGGAUCAUCAUUCUCCUUCUCUUAGUGAAGCCACACUUUAACUCAUUCUUAUAUAUGCCCUCUCCCUUUUUUUUUUUUGUUUAUAUGAAUCACACACACUUUUUUCUAUGUAGACUCUUUCUCUCUUAUUUUUGUACAUAGUUUUCCUCAAAUAAAAAAAAACCCACUCCCCCCAUGUAUUUUAAAUAGAAACUUAACUAUUUAUUUUUUUUGUUGAAUAAAAAGGAAAUCAAAGAAAAUUAAAC